AUGGACCCAAAGAGAAAUGAGGCACCGGCUUAUAACUUCAAUUCCGGCCCAGGCCCACCCGAGCCCCCCGGAGCCGUCCCUACCACGUUGGAGGAUUACGAAAACAAAUUUUCCUUAUCAGACACAACAGCCCUCGACCAAACAUGGCAUCCAAACACCAGGCAUCCUCUCGCCGGCGAAACCGAUAGUUCACCGCAUCGUACAAUUCAAGGGUCUACAUCCGACGAACAUGACAACUACUAUCAUGCCCGCCUCCAACACGAGGCAUCGACAAGGCCCAUACUGAACAACGAUCCUGGCGACACAUUCGUGAUGGGAGACGACCCAGCCGUCGAUGAUGUGAACCAACAACGCGCCACGGUCACAUCACAUCAAACAAUUGCGUUCGACAUUGUCCAAGCCCUUCGACUCAUCGCGGCCCGACCUCACCCACACACGAGCCUUCAAGCGACACAGCCCGUCCACCCUUUUGUUGUCGCGGAUACCUGGCAGCAUGACAUGCCCAUCAUUUUCGUCUCAAAUUCCUUUGAAGCCAUGACGGGAUAUCACAACACGGAGAUCCUAGGACGCAACUGUCGCUUUCUACAAUCUUCGGACGGAUUCGUGCAACCCAGGGCUCCUCGACAACAUAUCGACAGCAUCGACGCGUACCACUUCAAGCUAUCCCUCGCGACUGGCGGCGAGUUUCGGCAGACGAUUGUCAACUUCAAGAAAGGCGGUCAACCCUUCAUCAACCUCAUCACCAUCAUCCCUAUCCCCUGGCCUGGAGCUGAGUCGAGGUUUCUCUUUGGCUACCAGAUCGACGCUACCCACAAUGCCCUAGCUCCUAAGAAUCUUGAGCUGAACAUUGGCGGUCGCAACUCACUCUUUUAUCGUCGGACGCAACAGCUGUGUGCUUCUCACCAUCGAGAACUUGAAGAUGCCACUCCUUCGCCUUCUUCCCAAUACCAGAGCGAUUCGUCUCGACAGUCGGAACCUUCUCAAGCAUCCGAGUCUCGGAUCAUCGACCCUGACGAUGUUGACCUGAACACAGAAGUCCUGAUACGACUUUUUGACAACAACAGCAACGCUGCGCUUGACAAGCCUGGCUACAAAGCGUUGUGCAAGAUUGUUCUAGACAUGGCUGCCGGAAUCAUCCAAGUGUUAUCGCUCACCGGCACAAUUGUUUGGAUAUCUACAUCAUGCGUGCAACUGGGCUAUUCUCCUACAGAACUUAUCGGCUUGCCCAUACAAGACAAAUGGCAUUCGGCUGAUAUUCCAGCUCUGUUCCGACAUCUGAAAGCUGCAGCCGUCGGGCAAGUCAUUGAACUCAUUUCACGCUUUCGACGAUCUGAUGGGGAAUACGCAUGGUUGCACAAUGUCGGCUCGAUAUUGCAAAUGGCUGGUGGACGUAGAGUAGCCGUGAUGGCCGGUCUUCAACAAGAAGUACCCAACUUGAAUCUGGCGUUACUGGAUGCACAACGAGGCGUUGGCGACCAGGAUGUGUGGGUAAAGAUGUCCAGGUCGGGCCUGAUUCUCAAUGUUUUCCCUAACCGCAUGACUGCAUUGGGAAUAUCACAAGAACUGACUGGCACAACGUUUUCGCAAUUACUGGCAGAUGAUACGUCUCGUGAACGAUUUCUUUACCUCGUGCUCAAGUCCACCUCAUCUAGAAUGACUCAUCAAACAACCUUGGAGCUUGCAUCGACCACAGGCCCGGAUCUAUUGGCCGAAGCAACAAUAUUUGCGAGCGAUACAUCAGCAGAACGGCGGCCGCAUGUUCUAAUUCUCCACUGCCGGAUCACAAAGUCCACCACGAAGAAGGGAAAGAAUCCCGAGGUGGUUAUUGCAGCCCACGCCAGCUCUUCCAAGAACGAGGACCUCUUUGAGAAACUACGUUCAAGCAAUUUUGGCGUAUGGCAAGUCGAAAUGAAUAGUCUAGCUCAAGAAAACGACGAUCUCCGACUGGAAUUGGGCCGCCUUCAAGCUUUGUCAAAGCAGCGCAAGCUUCUCAAGAGGACAAGCAAGGUUCCCUUUGAUGGCUGUGCCAACUGCCACGCGCGUGAAACGCCAGAAUGGCGUCGAGGACCCAGUGGUCAAAAAGAUCUUUGCAACAGAUGCGGGCUUCGGUGGGCCAAGUCGCGACACAAAGAGGGCACAAAUACCUAG